AUGGAAACUCUUCGCCUUUAUCCUCUGGUAUCCUAUUUCUCCAGAACGACACGCGAACUUGAAGACGUCAUUAUGCCUCUCUCAAAACCUUCAAGAGGUCUCAACGGAGAGGGCGUGCGCGAAAUUCAGGUCCCGAACAACACAAACAUCAUUAUAUCGAUAAUCGCUACCGAUCGGAACCCAGAAAUAUGGGGCUCCGACCAUUCGCUUCAAUGGAUCCCGGAGAGGUGGCUUGCUCCUCUUCCUUCGUCCGUAACGAACGCGCAAGGGGGUGCCGGCCCGGGAAUCCCGUACCGGGGUCUGGUUAGUUAG